GUGUGUUUGGCAACACCUUCUGACCUCGCACUCAAGAUGCAAGCUGAGGAGAACGUCCGGAAUGGAUCAUCAAAGAUACCACAAGCGCUCUCCAAAGCUCAGGAGAGAAAAGCAGUCGAGUAUGUUGAAGACUCUUUCAUGGAUAUCACCAGUGCAUUUAAGAAACGCUUAGAACCGUCAAUGACGAAACUUCCAACUCUUAGUGCAUAUCUAGAUGCCAUGCAGAAACUUCUGGCAUUUAUUUUGCAGAUCCCACCUAUAGACCCCUCCACUCACUUACGGACCGCUUUCCUCCUUCGCCUGACUGGCGACGUCAUGACUUCAGUGCCAGGAUAUCCUCCACAGAUGAAGGAGCUUCAAACGCUACUGGAUUUCUUGGAUGACCUUGACCAAGCAUGGUCAGCAGUGCUGAAGAACCAAGUCUGGGAUGCAGCUGCAGGAGAGGGUAUCGACCUCAUUGUACCUGUGGACCAAAUCAAACCGGGAGGUCCGCCAAUACGGUCCUCGCCCGUAAGUCAGACAGAACGAACGAGGUUACGUAGUCUCCUAGUUACAGGCACUGCUGGACUAGAGGAGUGGAUGACAGGGCUGAAUACGAGCGGAGAGGACUAUCAGAUUGCGUUACAGAGGGCCGGUCUUCUCCAGGGCUUCGACGAUCUUUUCUCGGAGACAUUGUCAGUCAUGGGUACUUAUGACGGUUCUCUAAAUGACCCUGCAGGCAUGGAAGGAACAUGCUGAGC